AUUAUUAUUAUUAUUAUUAUUAUUAUUAUUAAAUCAUUUCUUGUUUAUUUUUAUUAUUUUACCUUCAUAUUAUUUUCUGUUUCUUCUGCAUAAUACACUUUGCUUAUAUAGAAUGUCCUGUGUGGUGUUUAAAGCUUAUAUUUGAAUUUAUAUUUAAUUGUUUAUUUACAUGUGUAUAUUUUUAUUUAAUUUCAAGACAAUUGGGGUUUAAACUAUUUCACACUCACAGCUUUCUGAUUUGUGCGUUUACUUUGUUAGUCUAUUUGUCUCUCUAUACAUCACACACACACACACACACACGCACACACACACACACACACACACACGUACCCAUUGCGAAGGAUGUGAUGCUCGAGAGCUCGAGUACUUCUGUUUCCACUUCUGAUUGGUCAAUGCGAAUCCAUUUAUAGAUCAGAGACAGACACAGAGAGAAAGAGAGAGAGAGAGAGAGAGAGAGAGAGAGAGAGAGAGAGAGAGAGAGAGAAAGAGAGAGAGAUGAGGACAAAAUAAACCCUGAAAUCCAUGUGAACUCACAGCUGUCAGUUCAUUCGCUUUUCGCUUUAAUUGCAGCGCGGCGGUUUGUGGAUCCUGAUAGAAGCAUCUUCUGAAAAAGAAAGAAAGAGAGAGACAAGAGAAAAAAGAAAGUAAGAAAGUGACGAAGAGAAACAAGAAAGGAAGCGCAGAGAGAGAGAGAGAGAGAGAGAGAGAGAUAGAAUCAAAGCCAACGCCCGGAGACGCAUCCAGAGUGGAGAAGAUGGAAAGUUGGUGAGCUGAGGGACUCAGAGACCCGGAGGUGGUUUUUGGUGUGCUGAAGGACUCAGAGACCCGGAGGUGGUCUUGGUGUGCUGAAGGACUCAGAGACCCGGAGGUGGUCUUGGUGAGCUGAAGGACUCGGAGUUGGGAAACCUCGCGCUUCGGGGGAGGAAAGAUAAAACAGAUCAGUAGAAAAAAAGCAGUAGGAGAUAUAUAUUUUCCCUUUACUCUGAAGCAUGGAGGAGUCUGGAGGUUCUCUCGGGAUGGCCAGAUCAGCUGCGCAGAAACUUUCGGAGAGGACGAAGCAGUUCGGCGGGGCAGUGCACGACCCCGAGCGGCAGAGGAGAAUCAUCUUAGUGAGCGUGUGCGUGGCGCUGCUUUUAGACAACAUGCUGUACAUGGUGAUCGUUCCAAUCAUCCCAGACUACCUGGCCGACCUGGAGAGCGAGAACGAAGCGCACAGUAACAACUCCACCGCCAGCACCAAGGAGAACCUGGAUAUGAAGAUAGGAGUGCUGUUCGCCUCCAAAGCCAUCGUCCAGCUGCUUGUGAACCCUUUAUCGGGGACGUUUAUUGACCGGGUGGGUUAUGACAUCCCACUCCUGAUCGGACUGACGAUCAUGUUCUUGUCCACCAGCGUGUUCGCGUUUGCUGAGAACUACGCCACCUUGUUCAUGGCACGCAGUCUGCAGGGUCUCGGCUCCGCGUUUGCAGACACUUCGGGCAUCGCCAUGAUCGCCGACAGGUACACGGAGGAGGCGGAGCGCAGACGCGCGCUCGGUAUCGCCCUGGCGUUCAUAUCGUUUGGGAGUCUCGUGGCGCCCCCGUUCGGCGGCGUGCUGUACGAGUUUGCCGGUAAGCGCGUACCGUUUGUGGUUUUGGCGUGCGUCUGCUUGGCUGAUGGUUUACUGCUGCUGACUGUGAUCAAGCCCUUUUCAGACCGCUCACGUGAGAACAUGCCCAUCGGGACACCAAUUCAAAGGCUCAUGGUGGACCCGUAUAUCGCCGUGGUAGCCGGAGCGCUUACGGUGUGCAACAUACCUUUGGCCUUUCUCGAGCCAACUGUGGCCAACUGGAUGGAGACCACAAUGCACUCCACCAAGUGGGAAAUGGGCCUGACAUGGCUGCCCUCCUUCUUCCCACAUAUUUUCGGCGUGUACAUGACGGUCAAACUGGCAGCCAAGUACCCGCACCUGCAGUGGUUCUACGGUGCUCUGGGCAUGGUGAUCAUCGGUGCCAGCUCAUGCACCGUACCAGCCUGCAAGAACUUCGGACAGCUCAUGGUGCCUCUAUGUGGCAUCUGCUUCGGGAUUGCGCUGGUCGACACAGCACUGUUGCCCACGCUGGCUUUUCUCGUCGACGUCCGUCACGUGUCUGUGUACGGCAGUGUCUACGCCAUCGCAGAUAUCUCAUACUCCGUGGCCUACGCCAUGGGGCCCAUAGUGGCCGGACAGAUCGUCCAUAACUUGGGAUUUGUCCAGCUCAACUUGGGCAUGGGCCUCGUCAACAUGCUGUACGCUCCCACUCUGCUUGUGCUGCGACAUGUCUGCCAGAUGAAGCCGUCCCACUCAGAGAGGAACGUACUGCUGGAGGAGGGUCCCACAGGACUCUACGACACCAUCAAGAUGGAGGAACGCAAUUUGAAAAGGAAAGGAAUGAGUACCACCACAAACACCAAUAGCCUCAGCACAACCAACGCUCUGCCCAUCAAGGAUGGCUUCGGCUCGAGGUCAUUCUCAGAGGAGGACUCAUCAGGACCAGAGUAUACUUAAAAUUACACUCAGAUAUAAAGGUGCUGGAAAAGGUUCUUUGCCAAACACUUUAAACACAUGUUCAUUGAUGUAAGUUUCUAAAAGAAAUGUACAUUUGUUUGUUAACGGUUACUGGAGGGAGAAGGAACGUGUGGAAGAACCAUUUAGAUGAAUUUCAAAGAAAUUCAAAGAAAAAAUACCUCAUUUAUUUAUAUAUCCACGAGUUAUUGCUGCCAACAGGUUCUUCAGGGGUUCUAGACAGGUUCUUUUAGAGACAGGACACAGGAGCUUUCUCAGAGGGUCAAACAUUUGACAUUUUAUAGCAGCUCUUUAUAGAACCACAAAAAUAUUUAACCAACUAUCUACAGUUUUCAUGGGAAAAACUCCUAUUCAUUCUGGGAACCUUCUUAUUCCAAAGCAUAGUGUGAUUUAAUUCUAACAUAAACACUCUCCUAAAGACAACAAUCUUCUCAUGUUCUGUGAAAAAAAUCAUUGUAGUGUCACACAAAACUUUAAUUUCCACACUGCUGCUUGUACUGUGAAGUUCUCAUGAAAAAGUUGAUCAUAGUCAUGAAAUAAAGUCGCAAUGCAGAACAUCAGCGUAAACAUACAGAAAUGACAUGUAGAGAAAAUUCCACCACGUAUAUUUCAAUACUAAAAAAACAAUAGCUUAUUUUAAAGUAAAAUAAUCAGAGUGAUUUUAUUUGUUGUAAAAAAAUGUACGAACAUCAACCUGUUUCCUGCAGUCUAAAGAAUAUCUUUUAAACACUGAACUAUUCUAUAACAUGUAUAUAUUUGUAAAUGGGUGUAAAUGGUCAGUGUGUGAAUAUGUGGAUAUUAAAUAUUAAAUCUAUAAGACUGAAAUGUUGAAAAAGAAAUAAACUUGUAAUGUCAGAAUG